AAAUACAGAAAGAGGGUGCAUGCACUUUGCUUACUGAGAAACAAUUCAAGGGGUGAAUUUGACAGAGUUUGAACAAAGCUUCUGAAUGGCUACUGAACAAGAUUCAGAUGCUCAAAAGAAGCUAGCCGAGGACUUAUACGAGGCUGUACGCAAUAAUGACGUCACCAAAGUUAGGUCCCUGUUGGGACAGGGGGCAGACCCCAACCACCAGCUCUACUGGAGUGACGAGUGGGUGAAUGAGCCUCCAUUACACAGUGCUUGCAGGUUGGGCUAUCUUGAGAUUGUGAAGACACUUGUUACUCAUGGAGCUCGUACUGAUAAAGGUGGUGGGGUGGACAACAGGACUCCACUUCACUGGGCAUGCUGGGGAGGUCAUAAAGAGGUGGUGCAGUACUUCAAGGAGGUCGGGUGUAGCACUGAUGUGAGGGAUGAUGAUAACAUGACUCCUCUUCACUAUGCUUGUAUGGGAGGAAGUAAAGACAUGGUACAAUAUCUGGUGGAGGAAAUGAAGAUGGACGUUGAUGCGAGGGACAAGUUGAACCUAACACCACUGCACACGGCUUGUAUGGGAGGAGGCAGCAUACUAGUCGUGCAGUACUUAGUGGAGGUGUGCAAGGUUGAUGUUGAUGUGACUGAUGAUUAUGGCAUAACUCCUCUUGACAAGGCAGUAGAGUGGGAGAAGACUGAAGUUGCUGACUAUCUCAAGCCUCUAGUCUCCACUCCUGAACCAGGCACUCCAUUGACUGAGGAAGACUCUGAUGCUCUAGAAAAGCUGCUCCUAGACAACAAAAUCUCUUUGACUGGUGAAAGGACAUAUGAGACAGUUGAACACUACCUUCGUGAACUCGGACACGAGAAACUAGCAACCAACCUGAGGGCAAACCUUGACAAAGUGAUUGGAGAGCAAAAGCGAUAUCUGAAGAAAUUGGACGAUCUGAUGACUGACAAAGACACUAUCUCCAUGCAGUACCUCCGCCUCCUUCUUGUCGGACCACCGUCCGUGGGGAAAACAACAACUCUUGGCCGUUUACUGAAAGAUAUCGUAAACAUCAGUUCUGCUGGAGACAAGGCAAACCUACGCAGUACGCUACUCACCAAUUGCCAUCAAGUGGUCGCCUACAUGAACAAAGAUGCCACAGAAUGGGUUUGUUCUAAAGACGUAGAAGAGGAAGCAAAGAUCCUCUUUGGCUACAUGUACAGUAGCAAGGUCCCAAGUGAUAAAAAGACAAAAACUGUCCCCGAAAGCGAAAAGCAUACAAACACAGCCAAACCACCUUCUCCUGAAAAUCCUCGGUCAAAACCUCAAGAAGAAACACACACUGAAAGACGAGAGAAUGCUUAUCAACAGAACAGGCUCAUACCCAUCAAGGCUCGACUGCAAAAACUGAUAAAGAACGGAAACUACUCUGAAAUGGCCAAAUGUCUUGGCAACACCUUGCUAAACAUCAACGAUGUUGGAGGACAACCUGCCUUCCUAGAAAUGCUACCAGCCCUAUGCAAUGGUCCUGCCAUGUAUCUAGUGUUCUUGGAUCUGAGCAAGGAACUUGACAAGCCCUACGAUAUUCCCUUCAGUCGUGACAACACAGUCAUUACUCCAUUCAAAGCUGUUCACACCGUGGAAGCCACAGUCUCUCAAAUCCUCUCAGCAAUUGCCAGUAUUCAUCACGUCUCUCGAGAAGAUGCCACGAACAAAACUACCUCUAAAUUGAGCGAGAAGUUUGAAAAGUUCCAACAAGUUCGUCCGGUAGCAGCUUUGAUCGGUACUCACGUGGACAAGUUGGAGAAUCCGAAAGAGAAAAUCAAGCAAGUCAACGAUGCUCUGAAAGCAACCACUCAAAAGUUUACCGAGAUCCUUGUAUCACCUCCGUCAGAUUCUGAAUCUUCAUUUUUCGCCGUGGACAACUUUGCGGGAACUGAACAGUCUGACAUUGCCCCGAUUCGUGAUUUCAUGAGCAAUGUUUUCGCCUGUCACUUCAAGGAUGCAUCUCUGCCCAUCAAACCGAAAUGGCUCCUACUGGGCACACUACUGCGGAUAGAGUACUCGAUCGUGUCGAUGGAAGACUGUCUGGAAAUAGGGAGAUUGUUGGAAAUGGAUGAAGAAGACACCAAAUUCUGUCUGUGGUACCUACAGAAGAUUGGAUCUAUACUCCAUUACGGGAAUGUACCCAAUGAUAUCGAUGGCUGGCUAAGCAACCACAUGUUCUGCUCCCCUGAAGUGAUCUUCACUAGCAUCAGCCAACUGAUCCUUGCUGCUUUACGCAUCCUCCAUUCUGAAGGCCACGUCACUGAGUUUGAGCGAGCAGAGUUGGUCAAGAUGGGGCAGUUUUCACUGGAGGCCAUUAUCAAGUACUGUAAUGGUCCUGAUGUUACAAAGAUGCUCAAGGAAGGAGAGAUUAUCCCAGCCGAGCAUCUCAUCAUACUGCUGCAAUAUCUCAACCUUCUCUCCGAAAUUGUCCACCAAGAUGCCAAUGAUCCAAAGGUCACUCGAAUUACGUACCUCAUGCCGGCUAUUUUGGACUGUGCUUCACAAGAGGAGCUGACCAACCCACCUCCACCAGACACCAACAACCCAGAACCACUCCACAUCACAUUCAGCUUUGGUUACGUACCAACAGGAGUCUUCUGUGGGCUCAUCACUCGACUAGUUUCCCAAGGCCCUCACGGAAUUCUCGGAUUGACGUGGGAAUUGGUGGAAGAUGGCGUGAAACGAAACUGCGUCUCCUUUUAUGUUGACUACGUACACAAAGUGACACUACUCUCUCACGACAGAAGCUACGAGAUACGUGUUGAACGCAAUCCAGAACAGAUGAAUUUUCAUCUUCACGAUCUUUGCUCCCACACUCUGUCAGCAAUCCUGUAUUCUCUCAAGAUUCUGUUCCCAAAGUUGAUCCUCAGUGUUGCAUUUCAAUGCUCCUGUCCCAAACACGCAGCAAGCAAGAGCCUCAACAACCUUUGCACCCUUGUUCAAGGCCGACAGAUCCACUUCCUGUGUGGUAGAAGUCCCGUCACCCUCAGUGAAGCACAACAAGUGUGGUUGGGGAAGCACGUGUGUCUAGGAAGCAGGACGGAACUAGAGGUGCUAAAGUUUGCUGAGGAUGGUUUCUCCUUCCACUGGAGCAAAGAGGGCUCCAGACGUCAGAUCAAGACAACUGAUGAUCAGCCCAACACUGUGAGCUUCCCGAGUGUGAGAGAGGAGGACUUUGGUCACUACCAGUGUGAGGUGAAGGAUGCAGCUGCUGGGAAAGUGCUCCUCACUCUGUACACAGCUCUCUACAAAGAGGACACAAUACGUACAGAUCCUCUAGCCUCAGGACAGCGCAAAAGGUCAUUGCCAUCAGAUGUAGAAGUUGAAUCUCUGUCGAAGCGUCCAAAUGAUGUCACUGUACAAGGAUCAUCAUCAGAGAAGGAUACUAGCAAUGGAGGAAGUACACACCAGCCGAUUGUUUUGACUGGAGAUGAUAUUCAAGCAAUUCGCGAGAGUCUCAAGAAUGCAAGCAAAGAUUGGUUUGAUUUAGGAUUGGCUUUCGGAGUGAAGAUUAACGUUUUGGAAAACAUUGAAGAUGAUUACCGUCAUAACGAUCGCCGCCUAAUGAAGGUGGUAGCCAAGCGUCUUGAAGUCACUGAUCCAGAACAUCCGAUGACAUGGCCUUACAUAUGUGAAUGUCUAAGGAGGCCUACUGUUGAGCGUAACGAUGUAGCCGAGGAAAUUGAAGACAAGUAUGUGAGGACAGCAACUGCAGUUGCUCAUAGUGCCACCAAUUGAUCAUGAGAACCUGACAAGGUAUGGAAUUCACUUGAAUUAAGGGGACGAAAAAACAUUGCAAGUAAAGAACUGACUCUGAAAAACUGAUCAUGACUCUGUAUUAUUAUACUGACAAUGUCGUCUAUAAUAUACCCUUUAAUUAUAAAAUAAUGUGACAUGAAUUAUUUUGAGUUCAAGCUGG